GUUGCGUGUCGAAACAAACCGCACGCCGCCGCCGCCACCGUAGUCCUCGUCGACGUCGCCGUGCGUAUUAUACCAUCCGCGGCACUGCGCGCGGUAGACACGACCAUCGCAAUUACGGUGUGAGUGUGUGUAAACGUGCGUGCGUGUGUGCUUUUUUAAAAAAAUUUUGACCACGCGAAUUUUUUUCACGAGUGUUUCCGCCGUCCGCAAGUGUGCCGAACAACCAAAGAAUCGCGGCGACAACCAUCGAAAAUCAUCUUUCGCAUCGUAUUUUUUCGAGAUAAUAARCCGUCGUCGUCACUUUUUUUCAUAAUUUAUUUAUUAUUUCUACAUACGUGUCUCGUCCACUCAACUGUCUGUAUAGUGUACCUUUUUUCCGGCCGCGAAGGGGUCGGGGCUGUUUUCCCGCAUCCGGUAGGUACGGGAAAUAGUGUCGGUGGUAGAGGAGGAAAAAUAAAUAUUAUGAGAAGAGAAAAAAUUGCUCAGAUAUUCUCGUCCUAGAUCGCCUAUAUAUAUCUAUCGUAAUACGAUUCAAUAUUAUAAUAUACAACGACCGCUUGACCGAUCGCCCGCCCGCCCGUCCGUCGCAUUACUCGCGUGUUUGUUGUGUUAACGCGAGAGUGAGAGUUUGGGUUUCUUCCGGUUUCGGGCAUCCGCUCGAGAACAAAAUAAAAUACUAUGAUUUACGUCUGCAGGAUUCGAUUUGGAUUACCAUCAUGUACGCCACGGCCAAAUGAUGUAUGAUACUGACUCGGAGUGCGGCAACGCCGCACCGCUGACGCUGCACUAUGGGAACCACCACGUGUACCUGAUGGCGGAAAUUCAGCAGGCCGGAGACGAACACUCGGACAUGGAGCUGAUGUGUGAGCAGGGUGCCACCAUCCGGGCCCACUCGCUGGUGCUGGCUUCCGUCAGUCCGCUUGUCCGGCGGCUGCUCAAGGAAGACAACGUGUGCAUGUACCACAACCUGGUGCUCCAGUUUCCCGAGAUCAAGGAGUCGCACAUGAAGACAGUGCUGGACUUUAUUUACACCGGACAGGCCAGCGUGUUGGAAAACGAAUUCGACGAGGUGGUCAGCCUGUUAAACUUGUUAGAGAUUCGGUCGGACACAUGGCAACGAGCCAUGUACGAAUCAGCAUCGUCAUCUUCACCUCCGCCACCCGGACAACCGCCGUCAGCUGCGUCGUCGGACCUGUCUGCAAGGACUGAUCCUGAGAAUCUAUCGCCAGCGUCCCGUUGCGAGGUGCACCCCAAAAAACGGCGGCGACGGUCGUCCGUGCCCGUAAACCUGUCGAUCGACACGAAAAACAACGAGGAUACGUCUAUCACUCAGUCCAACUGGCGGGUAUCAAAGUUUGAGGAGAGCCAUCGGAAGUUGAGACGGCGGAGCAGUUCACCGUUCGACGAUUACGCGCACCACCAUGAACGUGACUACCACCACAACGGUUUCCAACCGUUCCCAAAACGUGAACCGCACUGGGUUGAAACCGAAUACCGCAGUUCACAGCUUCAAUACAGCUGCGAGGUGAACUUACCAUACAUGGACCCGGCGGAACCAAACUUAGACCCCGAGAUCGAAGAGACGAACGACUCGGACAGUAAAGACGCGAGGCUGAAUCCCGCUGACUACGUGGUGACUCCGAGGAAACGAAAGAAACAGCCSGGGUUCCAAAACUCUCCAGCCCAGAAUCCACCGUUCGUGCCCAUGUACUUCCACGAAAUGGCGUUCAGACACCAGAAGAUCACGCAGUCGCUCAGCUCGUUCGUGCACCAUCCGUUCGGGUCAGCUCCACAACAACCGCUGACCCUGACACGGACCGUAGACGACGGCGGCCGGGACACSCCACCGCCCAGGACACCUAUCUACAUGGGCCGGUCCAGAUCUCAGGACUCCGGCGUGUACAGACCGCCACCGCCGACGCCGCUCCAACUGCAGCCACCACCGCUGUCAGACAACGACUGCAGUCCGCCGCCACCGUCCGGACAACCAACGCAGUCGUCAUCGUUCGGCGGUUACCCAGAGAAUGGGUCAACCUGGAAACCAUCGUCCGACGUGAAACCGAUGGCCCUGCAGCCGUGCGCGGCGUCAUCCGAACCGGCAGYGGAAGYACAACACCAGGCACACCAGCACAGCUCGCCCGCAUCUCUGGCCGGGCCGACGUCCGCGGCGUCGUCGUCCGACACGGAAGACAAGUCGUCGGGUUGUGCGGGUGGCGCGGGCCGCGAGUACAAGUGCACGUACUGCGGCAAGCAGUUCGGCAUGAGCUGGAACCUGAAAACUCACCUCCGCGUGCACACGGGCGAGAAGCCRUUCGCGUGUCGCCUGUGCGUGGCCAUGUUCAAGCAGAAGGCGCACCUGCUCAAACACCUGUGCUCGGUGCACAGGAACGUCAUAUCGCCCGGCACCAGCGCCGCCGACCAGGAGACGGCGGCCGCGUUCAACUGCUGCUUCUGUCAGAUGACGUUCGACACGCUCCAGCAGCUGGUCCGCCAUUUUUCCGGGCCGCACAACAACCUGUUGCUCACCAAGAACCUGAAUGCCUGACGCGCCCUGACUAUACCAGCAACAAUCGCCCUAACUUUUUUUUCUCUUAUGACGGCUUCUUAUGUCCUGUCUCGACGAUUUUUCUUAUAAUUAUCGAUACGUUACUAUGUAAAAUGUAUAGUUUUUUCUGCGGACAAGACGUUUACCUCUGUUAUACAGCAUUUUCUAUUAWAAUCAUUAUUAUUAUUAUUA